AACAAAAAGUUGAAGAAAGAAAAAAACAAAAUUAAGCACAAAAAAGAAAAACCAAAAAUGUUUCCUCUCUCCCUCAUUUCUCCUCCCAAACCAUCUUAGGCUCCCUCCUCCACCACCACCACCACCACCACCAUCGCCACCACUUUCUCUCUCCUCUUCCCAUUUUUAACCCACAUAAAAAACCAUCUCAUUCACCUUUUCUCUCCGUUUUUUCUCGCUUAUUUUUGUAUUUAGGGAGGUGAAUUCAACGAAACUAGAGCUCCGUUAAUUGUUCUUUAGUUGCAAUGAAGAAGUAAACAAGGUGUUGGAACUGGUCUGAUCAGCCGAUUUUGAGGAGUUGAUCGAGGACUGGUGAAUCAGGCAUACAGCUUAUGCUUUGAGCAACAUAUUGUGUGGAAUCAGAAACAUUCCCAAGCAUUAGAAGUAUAAAAACCUGGCAACAAUUUGAUACAUUCACCAUGCACAAGCCAAAGAAAAGAAAUCUUCAAUCACCUCAGAAGUCAGUGGACUGGUUAGAAUACAUUAAUGAUUGUCUUCCUGCGCUAGUAAUACCUGUUGGACCUCGGUUUCAAGCUGAUGUGGCAGAAUGGGUGGGGCCAUCUAAUGAGCGAUAUGUCAAUGGUGAUUCAGAUACUUCAAGGUGGUUCGGUACCAAAAUGUGGACCCCUCAAGAUGAUAGUACAGACUCAGGAUGUAAAAUUGGAAAAGGAAGGCUUGAUUCCUGCACUUGUUCUUCUCCCGGUUCUCCAUAUUGCGUAAAACAGCAUGUUACUGAAGCACGAGCAAGAUUGCAAUCGGAACUGGGCCCCACAUUUAAGAGUUGGAAAUUCGACAUGAUGGGUGAAGUUGUUGGCAAGUCGUGGACUUCAAAGCAGAAAAAGAAAUUUGAUCACUUUGUUAAGGCAAAUCCAUUAUCACAGGGUAAGAGCUUUCUGCAGCCAGCUAUGUCAUCCUUCCCAUCCAAGACCAGGAAAGAUAUUGUCAAUUAUUAUCUUAAUGUGUAUGUUCCUAAGCGCAUUAGUUUGAUAAGUCGGUCUGGAUGUAAAGUGCUUGAUAGUGAUGAUGAUGAGGUUGUGGAAGCCCCAAAUACCCCGAAUGCCAAGAAUUCUCUGAAAAGAUCUCGAUCUGAUAGCGAUGAGAGUGCAAAACUUGCCAAGUCCCACUACUUGACAGGGAGAAGAUGACAUACAGACUCAAAAUCUUGCCGAACUACUCUUUUCAGGUUUUCCUUUUAGUUCAGAGGAUUCCUUUUGUUAUUUUUUUUGCCUGUAAUUGUUGCACGAUGCAGUGCGAUAGUAUCGAUACUAGGAAUAGCAAAUUUAGGCCUGAACUCUGUGAUGGGAUCUUCAGGCAUCAGGCUUGACUGGAUAGUUAGGGGCUGUGUAACUAGGAAAAUCAUAUAACUGCGCAAAUUUUGUCACACAAUUCUUUCUGCUCAUAUUGUGCUUAGAAGAAGGUAAUACAAAAUUUUCAUGUUUUGAAGGCAAA